AUGCUUUGCAAUUAUGGUUACGAUAAUGAAAAAAUUAAACUGAUUAGUGGAGAAAACUCAAGUUGUCACACAACUUCUAACCUUUCACCGGUAAAAAAUCUAAACUAUCCUGCACUAGUGAUUGUUGUUGCACCUGAGAAACCUUUCAAUAUCAAGUUUCCUAGAACAGUUACAAAUGUUGGCUCUCACAAUGCAACCUACAAGGCUAUUGUCACCCCAAUUUCAAAUAUUAAGAUUAUAGUAGAGCCAAAUCAUCUCUCAUUCAAAUCAAUACAAGAGACACAAUCAUUUGUUGUCAAUGUUAUUGGGAGAGUAGAGUCAAAUCAAAUUGUGUUUUCUUCUUUACUUGUUUGGUCAGAUGGCACCCACAAUGUCAAGAGUUCAAUAAUCGUACAAAUAACAUCCUAA